CAUCUCUUGCUCUUCGUCAUCGCCUUCGCUUCGCACCACGACAGCGCUUACCAGAGAUCCCACAUGGAUCGCAAAGACUACUUCAAACGGACCAAUCCCCCUGGCCAUGAUCCCAGUCUUGAGUAUGAGGAAAUGCUCAAACUGGGCGUUCUGGCGCGGCAACUCACGGGCGAGAUGACCUUCAUUCCGGGCUACACUAGGAAAGGGGUAGCCGCUGAGAUUAGGGAUCAAGUACGCACAGCGUUCCGGACUCUCAUCACUGAGUCGUCGUCCUUCCCCGAGACCUUCAGCGACAGCUUCGUGGACAUCAUCUUCACCUCACUGCGCCUAUUUCUUGACCUCUGGCACGCCGUAGAAAGUACGCGAGACAACGCACUCGCGGCCGAGGCGCGCACUCUGUGGCCGCACAUCGUCCGCUGGUCUGCCGCCUUGAACCCAGCGCGCAACGACGUCGUCACUCGGUAUCCUCACCGUGACGCGACCCGUCAAGCGGGCGACAUUGCGAAUGCCUACCUGACCAUCCUCGAGUCGUCGAUGGAGACUGAAGAGUCUGCGCGAGACUUCCUGUACACGUACCCGGACGUGAUCACUCAGGCGUAUGAGCUUUGGCGCUACCUCCCCCAGAUCUACACGCUACAUAUCAAGCCAUUCGCUCCCCCGGAGGAAGUGAGCGGGGCGGCCAUCAAACCGAUUUUGCUCGCGCGCAGGAUCUACCACACUCUAGUGAAUGCGCCGGACGGCGACGCGGUCGUGGGUCGGGAGCUCCUCAGCCGCGGGAUCGAUCGCGCGAUGAAGAGGCAGGAUCUGUACCGCGCAAUCGCGCCUCUGACGCAGAAUCUCCGCCAGCUGAAGAUCGACCCAGACAUCGUACCCAACGUCUGGUUUACGCACCUCAUCCUCCUGGACGGUCUCGCCGCGCUUCCCGAGCUGGCGCCGUCCGUCGUCCCGCGCUCCGCUUUCUGCGCCGUCAUCUCGGUGGGGAUGAAGGCCUUCCAGAAUCACGAGCUCGAGUGGGACGAGAUCGGGCUGUGGGCGGUGCGCUUGGUCGACAGCCUCUGCCACUCGACGUGCGACAACCGGUCAUUCGUGCGCGCCAUACGCGAGGGAUACCUGGGGCUGCUCAUCGAUCUCGAGAAGUCGACGGGCAAGCGCUGGGACCAUCCAGACUUCGUCCGCAGGUUAUGCUCCGCGGCUGCUCAAGGGCGCGUCCUCCGUGCUCUUCGUAGCACCCAUAAUGAUUUCCCGCACACGGCGAGCUUUGCGACGCGGAAGCCCGUGUGGCGCAAGGUCGCGCAGGUUUUUCAAAACUACGACCGUCUCUACACAGUAGAUCAUCGCGAGAGGAUCUGGCGGCGGCACUCGGACUGUAGCAACGCGAUGGUGAGCUGGGCCCCCAUAACGAGAUCGUCCGCUUUUGUCCGUGCGGCGACGCUGUGUAUUGCUCCGGAAGCUGCCAACGCAUGCACUUCAAGGGCGACCAUCAAUGGAACUGUUGCGCGGAACAAGGACCCUGGAAUUUGCGUGGUAAGCUGCGGCGUCUAUUACUUCAAGAUACUCCAACUCACCGCCUGGGAAGGCGCUUUCUCUCUGAACGACAUAGCCUUCCUCAUCGACAUCGUCCACGCAGACAUAUGGCUGAUGAAACUUGAAUCCGCCUUCCCCGAAGCAUUCAAUAUAUUCAGGAAGCGAGCAUCUAGCAAGCGCCGGUCGAGCGAGCAGGUAUACCUGAUAGUGGACUUUAGCGAUGCUCUCGACAUGCGAUACGAGACGAAGACGCGAUCAGUGGACUCUGCGAUGGAGGCCUAUACUGUUCCCGUCCAGGUCGUAUUUCGGCUCGGAGCGACGCUUGGGAGUCAUUUUCUGCCAUUCACGUACAGCUUUAACUAUUUCUUGACAACUGAGUACGACGAACUAUGCCGACUUAGGCUUCUCGCGCGGCAGUCGGCAGGCGAAGUCGCCUUUUCUCCUGGUGGCACCGCGAAAAGUGUUCUCGCGGAUCUCAGAGCCAAAGUGCCCACGACCUUCCGCACCCUCUCUUCCGCGACACCGCCUUCCCUGUCAGCCACUGGCGACUAUCUCGUGCAGGUCAUCUUCCUGUCACUCCGCGUGUCGACGCACAUUUGGCGCGCUGUGGAAUAUUCGAAGGAUCGCAGUCUCGAGCGAGCCACACGAUGCCUUUGGCCGCAUAUCGUACGAUGGGUCGCCUUCCUCCACCCAGCGCGAAACAACGUCAUCGCUCGGUACCCUCAGCGUGAUGCAGCUCGCGAGGCUUUCGACAUAGCACAAGCUUACCUCGUUGUGCUCGAAGAGAUGCUGCGCCCUUUCGAUGUAACCAAAAACUUUCUGCACUCCAACCCUGAUCUGAUCACUCAAGCGGUCGAGCUCUGGCGCUACCUUCCCCGAAUUCACGCGUUCUAUCCAAGAUCGUCCUCAGCAUCCGCAUACGUACAACGAGCGUUCUGCCGGACGAUAUGGCUGGCGAUGACACUCUUCAAGGUUCUCGCGAGCAGCAUAAAUGCCGCUACCUCCAAGGAUCGAGCAUUGUUCUGCGAAUGUGUCAAUAUCGCGAUACCCAGAAGGCAGACGCUCUAUCGUCUUAUAGCGCCGCUGACGCACUGCGUCGCGCAACUCGACAUGGAUCCGAACACCACUCUCAACAUGUGGCGAUCGCAUCUCGCCUUUCUUGUCGGAAUGGCAGAACUUCCCGAACUCGCGCCCUCCAGGAUCCCGCGCUCCGCGUUCAAAUUCGUCAUUCAUGCUGGGAAGCGAUGCCUUCGGCUACAUGACACGCGCCACGGUGGCUACUGGGCGAUCCGCUUGGUGGACGUCCUUUGUCGCUCGACGGGCGACAACCAACCGUUUCUGCAUGCUCUCGAAGAAGGCUAUCUCGAGCUGCUUAUCGACUUCGAAAAGUACACUGGUGUCGAAUACAAUCACACGGACUUCGUGCGAAAUCUCUGCACUACGAUGAUUCAGGCGCGCGCCAUCCGCAUCAUUCGCCGUCUUCAUCCCGACCUUGGUCCUCUACCCGUGGCGCCCAUGAAGAUUGUAACGUGGCGUCUGGCUGCGUUUGCGCACAGGAACUACCAAAGCUUAUACGAGACAAAGUAUGGCAAUAUCUGUCCGUGCGGCGAUGUUGUCUACUGCUCCGGCAGCUGUCAGCGCAUGCACUGGAAGCUCGUUCAUCGAACGCAAUGCCGUCGCGACAGCGGACCUUGGGGCCUUCAUGGCACUUUCUCUCUGAACGACGUCACUUUCCUGUUUGAUCUCGUCCUCGAGGGAACACUCCUGCUGAAGAAGAACCCUGAGGUUUGCGAGAAGCUCGCGGCCUUCGACAAAAAGAGAAGAGCGGGCGGGCGCAAAUUCAUGCAGCAAAUAUGCUUGGUAACGGAUUAUACUGAUGUGCUUGCCCCGCGUAUUGAGCUAGAGGCGCAGACGGCAAGCUCGCUCGCGGAUACCCAGCGCGUCUUCGUCGAGAUUGCGUUUCGAUCCGGAAAAGCAACAUUGAGGCGCCGCUUACCUAUCACUUAUCCCUUCGAGUAUUUCUUGUCAUAAUCGGAUGCGUGCGAUUACUUC